GGCCGCUCCGGCUCGGGGCUCGCCGGGCGGGAGAGUUUCGCUCCCGGGUGGGAGAUGCCGCGCGGGCUCCGUGUCCUCGCAGAUUUUCAACCAACAUAAUGCUGAAGCUUCCAACUGGGAACAAGCAUUUCACAGAAUGGCACAAAUGGAACCUAAUCUUGACCAUGACGUAUCAUGGUUCCUCCUUCCAUCGUACUGGGCUAAAAUGGUUGUGGCAUUAAUUUCCUUCCUCUGCUUUGCUAACAGCUAUGAUGGAGAUUUUGUCUUUGAUGAUUCUGAAGCCAUCAUCAAUAAUAAGGACCUCAGGGCAGAAACCCCACUUGGUGACCUGUGGUAUCAUGACUUUUGGGGUAGCAAACUCAGCAGCAAUACCAGCCACAAGUCAUAUCGACCGCUAACUGUCCUGACUUUCAGAAUUAAUUACCUUUUUGCUGGAGGCUUCUACCCAGUUGGUUUCCAUGUCAUCAAUAUAAUACUGCAUUGCAUUAUCUCAGUGUUGAUGGUUGAUGUGUUCUCCAUAUUACUGGGUGGAUUGCAAUUCAGUAGUAAAGGAAGACGGCUAAACCUGGCUCCCAAGUCCUCUCUUCUUGCUGCUUUGCUCUUUGCUGUACAUCCAGUGCACACCGAGUGUGUUGCUGGGAUUGUUGGCAGAGCUGACCUACUGUGUGCCCUUUUCUUCUUGUUGUCAUUCCUUGGCUACUGUAAAGCAUUUAGAGAAAAUAAGGAAGGACAUACAUUUUCUGUAUUCUGGGUGCUGGUGAGUGUUGUCCUAGGUGCAAUAGCCAUGCUGUGCAAAGAACAAGGAAUUACAAUACUGGGUUUGAAUGCAGUGUUUGAUGCACUGGUGAUUAACAAGAUAAAUCUUUUGGAGCUCAUUCGAAAGUUACUGUAUAAGGAUAAGUCAUUGGAGAAUGCUGGGCUGUUAAGGAAGGGGCUGCUUUUCAGGAUAACUCUUUUGAUGUGUGGAGGGGCCGCUAUACUUUAUAUCCGCUGGAGGAUUAUGGGCACAGGGCCACCAGCUUUCACCGAAGUAGACAACCCAGCUUCAUUUGCUGACAGUCUGUUUGUAAGAGCUAUAAACUAUAAUUACUACUAUUCACUGAAUGCAUGGUUGCUGUUGUGUCCCUGGUGGCUGUGUUUUGAUUGGUCAAUGGGCUGCAUACCCCUCAUUAAAUCCGUCAGCGACUGGAGGAUAAUUGCACUAGCAGCACUUUGGUUCUGCCUAAUUGGUCUGAUAUGCCAAGCUCUAUGCUCGGAAGACAGCCAUAAGAGAAGAAUCCUUACACUGGGACUUGGAUUUCUUAUUAUCCCUUUUCUUCCUGCAAGUAAUCUCUUCUUCCGAGUAGGAUUUGUUGUUGCAGAGAGAGUCAUCUACCUCCCCAGUAUUGGAUAUUGUAUUCUCUUUACAUAUGGGUUUAGUCUCUUGAGUAAGCAAGCCAAGAAAAAGAAAAUUCUUGCAGUGGCAGUACUUGGAAUCUUGUUGAUAAACGUUACGCGCUGUGCGCUCCGCAGCAGCCAGUGGAGGUCAGAAGAACAGCUUUUUAGGAGUGCAUUGUCUGUGUGCCCUCUGAAUGCAAAAGUGCACUACAAUGUUGGCAAAAACCUGGCUGACAAAGGAAAUCAAAGUGCUGCAAUCAAAUACUACAGAGAAGCUGUAAGGUUGAAUCCAAAAUACGUGCAUGCCAUGAACAACCUUGGAAAUAUUCUGAAAGAAAGAAAUGAGCUUCAUGAAGCAGAGGAGUUGCUGUCCUUAGCUGUACAAAUACAACCUGAUUUUGCUGCUGCAUGGAUGAAUCUAGGAAUAGUGCAGAACAGUUUAAGAAGGUUUGAAGAGGCAGAGCAAAGCUACUGGACAGCAAUUAAACACAGAAAAAAAUAUCCAGAUUGUUACUACAAUUUAGGGCGGUUGUAUGCAGAUUUGAACCGCCAUAUAGAUGCAUUGAAUGCAUGGAGGAAUGCUACAGUCCUGAAACCAGAGCACAGUUUGGCUUGGAACAAUAUGAUAAUAUUGCUUGAUAACACAGGCAAUCUAGCUCAAGCAGAAGCAGUUGGAAGAGAAGCCCUGGAAUUAAUACCUAAUGAUCAUUCCCUUAUGUUUUCCUUGGCUAAUGUACUGGGGAAAUCACAGAAAUAUAAGGAAUCUGAAGCUUUGUUCCUCAAGGCAAUUAAAGCCAAUCCCAAUGCUGCCAGUUAUCACGGUAAUUUGGCUGUGCUUUAUCAUCGCUGGGGAAACCUUGACUUAGCGAAGAAGCACUAUGAAGUCUCUCUGAAGCUUGAUCCCAUGGCACCGGGAACCAAGGAAAACUACAACCUCUUAAGAAGAAAACUGGAGCAGUUGCAAAAGAAAGGCGGUGCCUGAUGUUCCUUUUCAGGUUGCCCGUGCAUGCUGUUUACGACUACUGUUACAUGGGUACUUUUGACCAUGUACAGGAUUCAGUCAUCAUUUCUCAAAAACAACACCACCAGCACCGCACACUUGAAUGUCCAGUUUUUCCCUCCUGCAGAUCCUAACAUUUCAGCUUGAGGGAUCAUUUUAUUUUUACUUGAACUGCUUUUAAACUCCAUUAGAACAUUUUUAUAGGUAUAUGAAAGCAAUGCAGAUGGAAUUUCACAGCAUACACUUGUAAUUUGAUAUCUUCAUCUGACUUUUUGGUAGCGGGAUGAAUAGCAGGAGGCAGUUUUAUUUCUGAAAGUGAUACUUAAAAGUGCAAUUUCCUGUUUAAAUCCUGAUCUUUUCAAGUAUGAAAAAUAUCUGUCCACUUCAGUUUUAUUACUGCCUUCCAGUGCCAGUCCUGCAGAGCCAGUGGAAGAAUGAAUUCUCUCUAGCACAUCAAUCUACUCAUAUAAUUUGAGUUAAGCCCUUAUGCUCAUUUCUGUCUCCAGCCUGUGAAGUGUCAGAUUUUUGCAAGAGUAAAAAAGGGCAAGGAUUUGACCAUAAAUGCCUGUAAGCCAGUGUGCUGCUCAGGUACGCUUGAGUGUAGAAAAUACUCUUAGAUGGAGAUUUUAGUAAGCAGCUAAUGAAAAGAAGGUGAGGCAACAGAGCAGUCAGGUAGAGUUUCUGUUCUGGCAGGCAGCCUCAUCUGCAACAGACAACAUGGACAAGAAGUCAGAACUGCUUUAGCUCCUGUGGCAGGUCAGUGUUUAAAUACAGUUUAGUAUCUGUAGGAGCUAAUUGCUGUGUUCUCAGGCAAUUCAGUGCUUUCUGGUUAAGGACAUUACACCUUUCAGCUCCUAUAUUGCUGGGGAAUAAAGAGAUAAUUUCUGUGGAACAGUAACUGUGCAAAAGACCUGACCUUGGCUGUUGAUCUGUUACCUGAAAGAACUUGGCUUCAUCUUUGUCUGCCAUGGCUCCUGUGUUUGCUGAAGGGGCAGAUAAGUAAGCAUAGAUGUUAAUGCAUAAACUGAGCACAUCGAUGUGGGAUGAUUCAGAGGAGGUUUAUGUUGAUACCAUGUUGCCUCUCAAAAGAGGCUAUGCUUUAAUACACAUUUGAACUCUGUCUGUCCAGAGUUAUUUGUCAUGUAUUAAUAUUUACAUUCCUGCUUCAAGAAGUAGUUUUUUAUUUGCUGGUGGUUGGUUUUUCCAGUUUCUUUGGGGUUUUUUUGAGAUGUUUGGUUUUGUUUGUUUAAGAGUGGAAGUUUGCUAUUGGAUAUGACAGCUGGGGAACUUUACCUAUCUUUUCAUAUUCCUUUAUUCUUGCCAUCCAUGUCCCCUGGGAGAAAUUGAUCAACGCAGUAUUUGCAGUGUUAAAUAUAUAUUUAAGUGGAACCACUUAAAGUGUCAGGGAAAUUCCUGCCAUAGGAUGGGAUGCUGUAUGACCUUCUUAUCUGACCACCACAGAACCAUUUUACAUCUCUACCACGUUUUGAACCUCCCAGAGACUGCUUUUACAUUAUAAAUUUGCUUGGAAAUGACAGUUGUUUUAAGAACUGGGUGUAUCUACAGAGCAUACUGCAAUAUUGCAGGACUACCAAAGCAUCCUCUGACUAAGCUAGCUCGGGAGCUACAAGUCAUGCAGGUACUUUAGUGUACUAUUUUUGCCACACUGACUGUAGAUCUAGCUGGCAAGGCUGUGGCAGUGUGGUGCUGUCCACAAAUUUAGCUUUGAAUGAACUAACAUGGCUACAUACUGGUUUUAGUCAAGGUGCAAGGGGCACGUAUGUGUGCUUCUCUCCUAUAAAUAUAGCCUGUUUCUCACUGGGACUAAUUAGUUCACAUAGGGUACAAAGCCAUGGCAAUUGUUUCCAUUUCUUCUGGUUUCUGGACAAAAUUUUCAGAAAUUUGUUUCUGAAUAUGAUCCAAGCAUGCUCUUCGUUAAGUAUCUGGUAAGCAGAACACUGCAUCAGUAUGGAUAAUCAUCUUCCAAUAGCCAGCACAGCUUAGUACCAACUUUUGUAUCUGAAAGGUGCUGAAACAGAUACACCCUUCAGUACAAACAGCAGGUUCUUAAGGCUUUCCAUGCAUAGCCUACUAUUAAUCAGAUAGAACACACAGCGUCUUCAGACAUGAGGAAUUAAAGAGUUGGGAUAUGGCUGGAUGAGCUAAUUUAUAGUAAAAGAUAAAUAUGUUUACUAUAAUCAGGUCUUUUCUGUAUAUUUGGAAUAUAACAUCCUGAGUUUAAAUUAUUAUUCUCAUCAUAAAGUCCACAUGUGUAGUUUUCCCUGUUGCUUUCCAUAUCAGCUUUAAAGACAUCCACUCGAUCAAUGUAUGAAGGAUGAAUUCUUUCUAGGUCAUUAUAAACCAAAGUUGUAGAAAUUCCUCUGUGGAAGUCCUUCUAUUCAAGUCUUAAGACAGAAGAGACAGACAAACAAAUUGGAUGUUUUGUUAGUAUUUUAAAAUGGUAUUUACUUUUCACUGCAGACAACAUCAUUUCUUCUUGAUUAGCUUUCUGGCUACCUGUAUAUACUUUUGUGAGGGUUUAUUUGUUUUAUGUAAUAUUUACUGUAUAGAUAUUCAAUGUGAUUAUUUGUAUGACAGUAAUAUGAAGCAUACUCAUAUGUCUUGAGUUUAAUGUUGAGGCAGAAUUGUGUUCAAAAGAAGCCACGAAGAUGACUGCUUUUGUAAUAAAAAUUUCCUUAAGACUUUUAAGAAUACAAAGUAUUUUUUUACUUUAUUUUGAGAAAUAUUUGGAACUGCAAACAGUGCAGUAGCUUUUAUUAAAAUGGUUAUAACGUUAACCUUUUUAUUGGUUUUUCAUACCUCAUAACUGACUCCUGGAACAGUGCAGAACACUCAAUUUCAAAGAGAAAACAGUGAAGAAAAAGUGGACUUCUACAUAACUGUAGUUACAAAUAUUGUCUAUCUUUCCAGCAUGCUGGAUUUUUUUUUUCCCAUAGCUAAUUCCAAAAGAUUAAAUUUUCCUUAUCAGUUGGCCUGUUUGAUUCUCUAGGGAAAUUAAGAAGCCUUUUUUUUUUUUUUUUUUUUUUUUUUCUUUUUGAGAAAGAUUACUUGUUCCAAUACAGUUCUGAGAAAAGAAAUACAGAAUGAUUUAAUGCACAGAAUGGAGUCAGGAAUAUAGUCACAAUGACUGCUAUGGAUAUUAGUCUCUUUUCACCAAAAACCUCCAGCGAAGUUCCCUAAUUGUAUGUCACUAUUGUGUCUGGACCAAUGCUAUGUACAUGAAGUUUUCUGUUAUUUAAUUUCAUAGUAUUUAAACUUUAGAGAUGUGGGUUGUGUGUGUGUUUAUGGGCACUAAGAAAUAAAAAUCUAUAAUACUUUUGAAUGAUUUGUUCAAAAUAUUGGGCCUAUUCACUGGGAACAUUUUCCUUCAUAUUUCAGAUACCUGUAUCUGAGCUAUUCAUCCUAGUUUCUCUGUAUAGUCACUGGGGGAAAAUCCCCAUCUUUAGGAUGUGAGAAGUCAUACUCGAAAGAGAUAUUCACUAACAUCAAGGGGUAACUAAGGUGAUCAGCUCAUACAUGAGCAAAAAUCUCACUGCUGCUUUCAGUUGAAGUGUUCUUGUCCCAUACAUGAAGUAAUCUGACCCUCUAUCAUUCUCAAACCUUAUUGGUACAAGAAUGUUAAAAGACUGGCAUUGAAACAAACUGGCAGGUACUUGCCUUGAGAGUGAGAGAGUAGCUGGAAGAGGGAGAGGAGAAAACAAAUUAACUUUGAUAAAUUUAUAUGACUGAUGAAGCAUGAAAUCCCUGUGUAUGGAAACAGAACAUUCAUGUCCAGUUCAAUUCAUUGCUAGCUUGUUUAUGUUUCUGCAAUGAACAGUAACAACUCCUUAUUGAACUGAAUUUUGGUGUACUUCACUCCUAUUUUAAAAAGUAAAUCUAAAGAAACUGUAAAUUUGCAACAGUGAGAUUUAUAUCUUUUUCCUUAAGUUACAGUUGCUAUUUCAAGCUGUAGCUGUUAGAAUGUUAAAUGUGAUAGCACUGUGUGUUUCAGUGUGGUGAAGUUUUUUGUUUCGAUAUCUUUUGAUAUUUAUUUGCUGGUUUCUGCCUGUGCCUCAUAUUUCAUAUGAGUAUUGGUACAUUCACAUACCUAUCAUUACAUGUAGAUUCCCAUGUGCUCCUCGACUUGGCCCUUUCACUGAAUACUGCUCCCUUCCACAGCUCUUGGUGUCUCUACCAAAUGUGUGUUAAUGAGGUCACAUUUAACUCUAAAAGACUAAAUUUUGGUAGGAGCAGAAGUGAGAACACAUGGCUGGAUUUCUGUGACAUAAAAGCUGAGGGAGCCAAAUUUGUGUCAUGGAACACCAUAAGCAGCAGGUGCCUCUGGUAAAGGGCACUUCAGACUCUGCUGGGCUCCACAAUAACGUGAAGUGGUUGUACAUAGGUGUAAUGUUAUGAACACAGCAAACUGAGCCCUGUACUCUAAAGAAAAAGUACUGUGUGUAUUUCCAAGAGGAUGUGCACAGCUGCAUGGACUAUUGAGCAUUGGAGGACUGAUUAUAUUGUGUUAGAAAGUUGCACUGCCGUGUUGUGGCAUGGGUGUUCAGUGUGUGCCAGUGAUGAAAUAUGUCAAGUGGUUCAGGGCUUUUUAAAAUAAGUAUUUUUUUUUAAGGAAAAAUCCCUACAGGUACUGAUACUGGUAGCUUGUGAUUUCUGAGCUGAACUUUUUUUAUGUAGUGUUAAUCACUUAAAUUGCCAGUGGUAUGUUCCAAUUUAUUUUCAGCUGAUCAGGAAGUAAAUACAUUUGUAAUGAAGCCAUGAAAUA